AUGUUAUUUUUAUUUUUAAAAAAAUAUAAGAAAUUAUAUAUAGAGAAAUCUUCUUAAUAUUUUAAUAGAAUUUUUAUGGACAAAAUUUAAGUGGAAGAUGCGAUUUUAGACUCAGAAGAAGGAAUUUAAGAAAAUAAAAUUUAUAUGGGAGGACUUCCUACAUAUUUAAAAGACCCUGAAAUAAAAAAAUUAUGUGAAACAUUUGGGAAACUAAAAUAUUUUAAUUUAGCGAAAUAAUAAAACGAAAAUAAAGAAUGGGUUUCCAAAGGUUAUUGCUUUUUUGAAUAUGAAGAUAAAGAAGUGACAGAUAGAGCCAUAAAAGCAUUAAAUGGAUUACCUUGUGGUGAUAGGAAACUGAAGGUAUCGAAAGUUACAAGAGAUUAAAAUAAAUUAGCGAAAACUUAAUAAAUCCAAAAUGAUAGUGGUAGUUAUUUAGGUGAUUGCCAUCUUAUUAAAAAUGAAUUUGUUAGAAAAAUGCUUAGUAUACCUGAAUAUACUUAUUAGCCAAGUAGAGUUAUUUAGCUUUUGAAUAUGUGUUCACCUGAAGAUCUUUUUGAAGAUGAUAUUUAUAAUGAAAUAUAUUAAGAUGUUUAAAGUGAAUGCGAAAAAAUAGGACCUAUAGAAAAAGUAGAAAUAGUAAGACCUUGUAAAAUGACAGGAAUUUGCCCUCCUUCUGUUGGAAAGAUUUUUGUUAAAUUUAAAUAUUUGUUAAAGGCUAAAAGAGCUAGACAUGUUUUAAAUGGAAGAACUUAUAAUAAAAGAACUGUUGUUGCUUCAUUUUAUCCCGAAGAAAAAUUUGAUUGUAAAGAAUUUUUAGUGAAUCUAACAUGA